GAGGAUUCGGAUGAUGAAAAUAAACCUGGCGAUGAUAUCUCUGAUGAUGAGGGCCAGCUGCCUCCUGAACACUAUUUGGCCCAAGCAGAGAGCUUGAAUGUCUCCCAGCUUCAACAGCAGCGGUAUAGCGACGGCACCCAGGAAAGACUUGAUGAGACCUGCAUGUACUGGAAUAGACUCAAAUGAGACAGUCUGUUUCCUGUAUGCAUUUUUUGGCUGGUGGUGCGAUAUCCAUCACAGCAAGAAUGGUUGGCACUGCCCAGGCAUUGGAUACAAGAGCUCAUUUGAGUCAUUCUGGAAGUUGUGGCAUCUUGUUCUGAAACAGGAGACGGCGUCAGGACUGAGCAAAGGUAUAAUUGUCAAGGUGCAGGGUGUCAUUGCCAUUGUCACCAAAGAGAAAGGCCUAGAGAUCGACCAGCGGCCAAAGAAAAACAUGUAUAUUGAAAAUGUUGCUGAGUUUGCACGCGCUCUCUUGACCACUACUGAGAUGACAUUUGACUGCAGCUGGCAGUGCAUUCAGAUCCUUUUCUUCUGUCAGCUCACAGCCAUCACUGCAAGCUGUCCAGGGACGCUCCUCCACCUUCGCUAUUGGGACAUAGCUGUCACGGAGCAGGGAUUCUCGCGAGCUGUAUAGCAUGUUGAUCACUUUGGCCUGUUUGGCGUAGGACAUUCACUGAGCAUUCGCUUAAACCCAUCACACACACUAGAUAGCUCGUCGCCGGCAGGCCUGCCUUUUUCCUUUCUCUCCUCAUGUAGAAUUUCGUCAGAUAGUCUACCAAUAUAUAUUCAUAUUGCUCGA